AUGUCGUCCACCCCAAUAGACAUGUCGCCCGGCAACUGCUCUAUCGACUACAGUAUUCCAUACCAUUGGAUUAUGGAGUACUCCCCAUUUGUGUCCGUUUGGUUCUACAUUUAUAUCAUUUUCUUCGUAGUCGAGCAGAACGGGUCUCUGAAACUCUCUCAUCAACAUGCAGCAAUUCUUAACCAUCAUUUCUGGAAUUUAAUUCAUCAAAUCUAUGUGUGCAUCUUCUACCGACCAGUCGCCCAUCUUCCCAUGUUUGGUUUUCAAAUCGGUGGAGUAGUUCGGAGUUGGGACCUGAAUGCAAUCGAGUUAUGGAUCGUAUGGAAAUACAAUAGCCGAAUAAUAUUCUGUCCGGAUUUCGCUAUCGUGGACUUAUCCAUGUGGCAAACUAUUUUACCAAACGCUCUAGCUGCCUUCGGCUUGGGACUUCUUUUCUUUAUUAUGGUAUUUAUGGGUAUUGCUAGUUUAAUAGUUCUCAGCACAAAAAGUUCCGGUGCUUCGAUAAAAACCUUGAGGACACAGAAGAUGUUGAUGCAAAGUUUCGUUAUUCAGGUCUUCACCCAUACCGUAUUCCUAUUCCUGCCAGCUGUCACAUGUGCAAUCCUGGCGCUUUUUAGUAGACUAUCCAAUGUUGCUAUCUAUACUGCAAUCUUCUGCCUGGUCCACCAAGGAGUCAUCACAAUUAUUGUCUUCGCUAUCUGCACCCCGAUCAGCACCAAAGCCGCCAAAUCAUGUAAUAGUCAAUUAAUUCGAUUUGUGCAUUUCUUGCUUUCCGUGAUAAGAUGGUUUUUGUGUUGUGGAUUGUUGAAGAAAAAUGAGGAAAUGCCGAGUUUGGUUCAAGUAAACGUGGCGGCGAUUGCCAAAUGGUCACCUCACCCGACUACGCAGACCCAUACGACAACUCAUAUGCUUUGA